AUGAAGUCCCAACUCGACGGUCUCGAUCAACGCCUUCAUGAUAUGGAGCAAAGACAAGAGAAGAUGAUCUCCUUCAUCCAAAGAGCCAUUCAAAAUCCUAAGUUUAUGGAAACUUUUGUGAAGAUAGCUGUUGCUGGGUCCAUGGACUUCUCGGUGAUUCACAAGAAGCGAAGGCUGCCUAAUGGUAAUAGUUACUAUAAUGAUCACAGUACAGCUACGAAGAAUGAAGAUGUCGGGCAUGCGUUUUUACUGCUGAUUAAGAAUCUUUUAUUUGAUCAUAUGCCUUGGAUGAAGGGCAAGCUUUUGGAUGGCUUGUACAAGAAUGGUUGCAAUAUCAACGUUUUGAGCUGCUCCUAUAAUGCCAGUGUCAGCAGCAGCAGCAUCAGCAUGAGCGGGGCUGAGGGUUGUGUUACAGCUGAUUCAUUGAAUGAGGAUGACUUGAGCUGCUCCUCUGGCAAAGAUGCUUUAAGGUCCUCUUCCUCCUCUUAA